CAAUAUGUAAGUUUCGGGUUUUCUUCGAAAAUAACAAUGGAUAUCAACAGUCUAAAUUCACAGCAACUGUAUAAUUUAUUAAAUGAUGAUCAGAAAGAAAAUGAAAGUGAUGGAAUUGCUGAUUCUUCAGAAGAUGAAGGCCACCAGGAGGAAGAAAUCAAUUUACAUCAAGAUGAUCUAGAACUUGUGCAUAACAGUGAAUCAGAAGAGUCGAACAGUGAAGAGGAUAGUGAUGAUCAACUAAAUAAUGAAGAAGAUGAUUUCAUGAUAGAUAAGGACAAAAUAACUAAAUGGUGCCCUCCAGACAACACAGAUGAUGACCAAGAUUUUAAUCCUGAUGGAGAUGGAAAUGUGUCGACUUCAUCUGCUUCUGAGCCUCAAACCCCAGCUCCAAGAUCAAGAAAGCGGCUACGAAAAGAAGGACUUUGGAGGAAAAAUAAAGCAAAGUCAUUACGUGAUUCAGGUAAAGAGUAUGUUGGAUUUCAAAAGGUGUUGAAGCGAGCUAAAAGCUUCUGCAACAUCACCGAGGACAACGAAGGGAGUGCUUAUGACGAAAAUGAUGACUCAGUUCCUUUCGAUGUAUCUGAAAUUGAGCAAGAAACGCAAACAGAUGCAGCAGCUCGAUCCUCGCCUCAGCCUGUGCCUCCGAAACAAGUGUCCACCAAAGAAGUCUUGUCUAAGAACGAAACUACUCUGUCAAAGAAAACUACUUUCCGCGAUAAAAUCAAAAUGAGCAGAAAGAAGAAAAAUACGGAAUCUGAGAAGGAGAAGGAGAGGAUACGAAAAAUUAAAAGGGAAUGUGAAAGAAAGAGGCGACAGAAAGUGAAAGAAGAUCCUGAGCUUUAUCAGAAAACCACAUCACUACCAAAACCCAAACCAAAGGUAUCCAGGGCAAAAAAGGACGUAGGACCCAUUUGGAAGGUGUUUCUUGUGUUCACACCAAUAAACUCAAAGUGA